GGAGACGUUAACGGGAAUAACCGGAUUAUGAAGGUCUGAGGAUUAGGGUCCGUCGCCGUUCCGUGAUGGGGAUAGACCGGCGGCGGAGAGCGUCGCUGGCUCUCACCUUGAACCUGGCGGCCCUGCUGCUCGCCGUGUCUGCGCUCACCACCAGCCACUGGUGCGAGGGGACGCGCAAAGUGGUGAAGCCGCUGUGCACCGGCCCGGUGAGCGCCAAACCGGCGUUCUGCAUCCUGUUCAACAGCUCCGCCGUCAACGACUCGCGGCUCGUGCACUACAUCUGGGAGACCGGAGAGGACAAAUACGUGAUGAGGAAGUUUCACACCGGAAUCUGGUUCUCCUGCGAGCAGAACCUCAACAUGUCCGGUGAAUUGUGCAGAAAUUUCCUGUACGUCGCACCCGCCAACGAAAGAGGAGUGCUCUGGUUGUGCAUUGUUGCAGAGUGCCUGUACAUUCUCCUCCUGGCCACCGGAGGCAUCCUAAUGUCACUAGAGGUGUGUCACAUUGGCAACGUUAUCAACGGCCUCAAGCUCAAUGCCUUUGCCGCCAUCUUCACUGUGCUCUCAGGUGAGGUUUGUUCCCGCUGCAGAUGGUGCUGGUUCAAGGAAUUUAAAGGUUGUUUUUGUUUCCGUCCCAUGCUUGCAAAACGUUUGUCCACUGCACCAAAGGUGAGAAACGUGAGACUUUGGGGGAACGGGGAACGAUGGAGUGGUAACGAGCAGCUGGAGGGGAGGGGAGGAGGGGGCGAGGAUGACGGGACGGGCGGGGAUGACGGGACGGGCAAGGAUGACGGGACGGGCAAUGAUGAUGGGACGGGCUCCGUGGCGCUGGUCAACCGGUGGCGAUAG